AUGCGACUUUUCAUAAUCACCGCCUUUCUCUUGAUCUCUAGUCACGCAUCUGAUGACUUCUUCAGCUCUUAUAUUAGUUUCCUGGAGAGUUACAACGUCCUGAUUUUAAAGUAAGUCAUCUUUUGUAAUUGUGGGGCCUAAAAUAAGCAUGGAAAUGAAAUGAAAAUUUCUCGAGUGUCAACCUUCGGAUUCUUUUCAAAUUUGGAGCAUAGUGUGUGCAUAGACGCCUUGUCGUUUGGUAAAAAUCUUGGCUCAAGUUUUAAAAGAGAAGCCGAGAAAUUCAAGGGUCUUUGGAAGCGAGAGAAUGUGGAAAUGAGGAGAAUGGGUCAGAGAAAGAUUGGCUUUUCGCUAUAAGUCGCUUUGUGGAUGGUUUUUUCCCACACAAAAAAGAAUACGGCCAAAAAACGUUUUCUCUGUGACCAUUUCUCCUCAUUUUCCGUGAUCUCUCGUCUGCAAAGAUCGUUGAAAAUCUCGGCUACCCUUGCAAACAGCAAGCUAAAAUUUUCAGCAACUAACAUGCGAUGUAAACAGAGCAUUUUUAAUGUCUAAAGAAUUGUAUUUUACACUGUAAAUUGUACCUUCAAAAUGUUUCAAAAACAUUAAUCCGUUGCAAAACAAUAGAGACAAACCUUGGGGACAUUUGCAUGCGAAUCUCGGUUGCCUGGACAACCUCCCCAAACACGCAAAUUAUAAUUAGUCCCUUCUUCAGGAAGUCGGCCCCUCGUUGUCCGCCGCGAGUCGCCGCCAACCGGACCGAAUGUGGCCGCCCGACGCUGACCAAGUUUUACAGUUGCGCCGGCCGCUUCGACGAGAUUUGCCGAGAGAAUCGACAGGCCUAUGACAUCAUUUUAUCGAAUCUUUUGCUUUUAUUCUUCAUCACGUCGAUUGUCUUCUGUCUCCUAUGUAUCUUAUUGUGCGCCUGCAAAUGCAACGAGCGGAUUGAGGGGCCGUUUUGA